AUGGACAACUCCACAACGGUCUCACCAUGCUCCCUGCACUACGAGUACUACAACUGUACCGGGCCCAGUCUGUCGGAGGAGGACCGCAUCCUCACGCUGGCCAUCAUCAUCUUCUUCAUCAUAGCCACCAUCCUUGGCAACCUCCUCAUCAUCGUAGCCAUCGCCUGCUUCAGGCAGCUGCAGACGCACGCGAACACCCUGGCGCUGUCGCUCGCUGUGUCCGACCUCCUCAUCGGCUUGCUCAUCAUGCCCUUCAGCAUGAUGCACGCCAUCUACCAGUGCUGGUUCUAUGCCUCCUUCUUCUGCCACCUGCACUACUUCCUCGACUACACGCUCACCACCUCCUCCAUCAUCCACCUGGGCUGCAUCGCCUACGACCGCUACGUGGCCAUCUGCGACCCACUGCGCUACCCGACGCGGGUCACGGACCGCACCGUGGCCGUGAUGCUGGCGCUCUGCUGGCUCGGAGCUGCGAUCUUCACCACCCCGACGCUGCUCAGCCUGAGCCCCACGCUGUCUCGGGGCACGAUCGAGCGAGGGGGCUGUCCGGACAGCUGCAUGUUCACCGUAGACCUGGGGCUGCACUUCGCCUACGGCAUGUGCCCAUAUUUCCUCUCAAUGUUCAUCAUCCUGCUGAUCUACGCCAAGAUAUACCGCGUGGCCAGGAGGCAAGCACGGAGGGUCACAGCUGGCGUGCCCAUACAUGCGCAGAGGGUCGAGGUGGCCAACGGUGGUAGUUCUGGUGGUAGUAAUGAUGGCGAUGAAGCGGCGAAGCGGUGGAAAUCAACAAUGAAGCGAGAGCACAACGCCGCCAAGACCCUGGGCAGCAUCAUCGGGUGCUUCAUGCUGUCGUGGCUCCCCUACUACAUCCUGGUGAUCGUGUUUCCCUUCUACAAGAACACGUCGACCGCCUAUGAGGUCGUGUCCUGGAUCGGCUACAUCAGCUCCACCGUCAACCCGAUCCUCUACGCGUCCAUCAAUCGGCCGUUCCGAACGGCGUUCGGUCGGAUCUUGCGCCUGGACUUCUUCUCUGCAGAGGCCAGGCACCUGGAGCUGUCCAAUCACUAG